UCCGCCUGGCCCUAUAUUGCCUCUCCAGUAAUAGUACUUUUCUUUAUUUCAACAGAGAAACUCAAUAUUAAGUUUGUGACGGCUGAGGCUAGAACUGGACUGCUGUCUUUUGAGGAGAGCCAGAGAAUUAAGAAGCUCCAUGAAGAAAACAAACAGUUCUUGUGUAUACCAAGGAGACCAAACUGGGACAAAAAAACUAGCCCAGAAGAACUCAAACAGGCAGAGAAAGAUAACUUUCUAGAAUGGAGGCGUCAGCUUGUCCGGCUGGAAGAGGAACAAAAGCUGAUACUGACUCCAUUUGAACGAAAUUUGGACUUCUGGCGCCAGCUCUGGAGAGUCCUUGAGAGAAGUGAUAUUGUGGUCCAGAUAGUAGAUGCUCGAAACCCACUCCUGUUUAGAUGUGAGGAUUUGGAAUGCUAUGUGAAAGAAAUAGAUGCCAAUAAGGAGAACAUCAUUCUGAUCAACAAGGCAGACUUGCUGACUGCUGAGCAGCGGAGUGCCUGGGCCACACACUUUGAAAAAGAAGACGUGAAGGUUAUUUUCUGGUCAGCUUUGGCCGGAGGCACUCACCUGAACGCUGACUCUGAGGAAGAGGUAAACAGAGAUGAUAGACAAAGCAACACAACUGAGUUUGAAAACUCCAGCUUCGACGAGGCUGAAAUUUCACACAGUAAGACCAAACAUCUCCCAGCCAGAGACUCUCCUUUACUGAGUGAAAAUCCCACUACUGAUGAAGAUGACAGUGAGUAUGAGGACUGUCAGGAGGAAGAGGAAGAUGACUGGCAGACGUGUUCAGAAGAAGACAGUCCUGAUGAAGAGGACCGUGGCCAGGACUGGAAGGAAAGCUGUAUGACAGAUUCUGAGGCUCCGGGCAGGAACACCCUGCAGAAGAGGCAGAUACACAACUUUAGCCAUCUGGUAUCAAAGCAGGAGUUACUAGAGCUUUUUAAGGAGCUACACACCGGGAAGAAGGUGAAAGAUGGACAACUUACAGUCGGACUGGUGGGCUACCCUAAUGUUGGUAAGAGUUCAACAAUCAACACCAUCAUGGGCAACAAGAAAGUAUCUGUGUCUGCCACACCUGGUCACACGAAGCACUUUCAGACACUCUACGUGGAGCCUGGCCUCUGCCUAUGUGACUGCCCAGGCUUGGUGAUGCCAUCUUUUGUGUCUACGAAGGCAGAAAUGACUUGCAGUGGAAUCCUCCCAAUUGAUCAGAUGAGAGAUCACGUUCCACCUGUAUCAUUAAUUUGCCAGAAUAUUCCAAGGCAUGUUUUAGAAGUUACCUAUGGGAUUAAUAUCAUAAAGCCUGGAGAGGAUGAAGAUCCCCACCGGCCUCCAACGUCAGAAGAGCUGUUAACAGCUUAUGGAUAUAUGCGAGGAUUCAUGACAGCGCAUGGACAGCCAGACCAGCCUCGAUCUGCGCGCUAUAUCCUGAAGGACUAUGUCAGUGGUAAGCUGCUGUACUGCCAUCCUCCUCCUGGAAGAGAUCCCGUAACUUUUCAGCAUCAACACCAGCGACUCCUAGAGAGCAAAAUGAAUGGUGAUGAAAUAAAAAUGCAGCCAGGCAGAAAUAAAAAAGCAAAGCAGAUUGAAAAUAUAGUUGAUAAAACUUUUUUCCAUCAAGAGAAUGUUAGAGCUUUGACCAAAGGAGUCCAGGCUGUGAUGGGUUACAAGCCCGGGAGCGGGGUGGUGACUGCGGCUACUGCGAGCUCUGAGAAUGGGGCAGGGAAGCCCUGGAAGAAACAUGGCAACAGAAAUAAAAAAGAAAAAAGUCGUAGACUCUACAAGCACCUGGACAUGUGAAGUUGGGCUACAACAGAAUGUCAUCUGCACUGUGCAGAUGGGAAAGAGCAGAAGCCGCUGGCUGCCUAUGGAACUAUUCCAAGACACUGGCACUGCAGAAGGGGCCUGCUCUUGGGGAGCACAGCUGCACCCAACAGUCUUCGUGUCAAGACUGAGGGCCUCCUGGAAACACCAGAUCUCACUAGAAGGAGUUAUUGGGGAGCCCUAGAAACCUCCUGGCGGCACAGCGCUUCACGUGCCAACAUGGUGAAACUUCAGUGAACCUCCAUCUCUACUAAAAAUACAAAAAAAAUUAGCUGGGUGUGGUAGUGUGCACCUGUAAUCCCAGCUACUCGGGAGGCUGAGGCAGGAGAAUCCCUUGAACCUGGGAGGCAGAGAUUGCAAUGAGCAGAUAUCGUGCCAUUGCACGCCAGCCUGGGUUACAGAGUGAGACUCCAUCACAAGAAAAAAAAAAUAGCAAGGGAUAGUUCAUGAGACACAUUUGGGACAAAGGUGAAACAAAUUCCCCAUUCUGAAUGCCCUCGUUGGGUUCCUCAGACUCUAAACAAGGGACUUGUGUUCAGUUAGUGGGUAGUGGGGACUCACUUCCACUGAGGAACAUGUAGAAUAUAUCCACUGGGUGACCGGAAGCUGCGGUAUUUACUAACUAGUCCAUCUUCACUGGUUAUUCCACUUAUUUAAAAUAUGUCCAGAAUAAGCGAAUCUCUGUAUAGAGGAAGUAGAUGAGCAGUUGCUUAGGUAUAGGAGGGAAUGGGAAGAUUGAGGCCUGUCUUUUGCAGGAUAAAAAUGUCCUAAAAUUGAUUGUAGUGAUGGUCGUACAACUCUGUGAAUAUGCUUAAGACCAUUCAUUGGUGAAUUACAUGGUAUGUAAAUUAUAGUUCAAUAACAUAGUUACCAAAUAUAAUCAGAAGCAUGAAAGCACUACUGAUAAUGGUUUA